UCAAACAUAAAAAAGGUCUUCACAGGCACACAGUCUCUCCCGAAAGUUUAAUUUGUAGCGUUUUUCCUGUCAUUUAUUUCCAAGAUGAACAGAGUUAUUCUGCAGCUCUUUGCUGUCGGAUUCUGCAUUGCAGCCGUUCAAGCCCUGCAGUGCUACAAAUGCGGCCUCGGUUUUGGGAACCUGUGCAUAACCUCUAGAGUCACCUGUGACAGCGGGGAACAAUGCUACAGUGGUGUCGGGCAGGCAGCUGGCUUCUUGGAUAUCAAGAAGAAGGGCUGUCUAGCAGUGGCCAAAUGCAACUCGACCGAACAGGUGAACUUCCCAACCAGCUCCUCCAACGCCACCGUCUACACCAUGACCAAAACGUGCUGCAACACUGACCUGUGCAACGCUGCGCCCGGUCUGCCCGGGGCCUCCGGGCUGAGCCUGGCCCUCGCCACCGUCACUGCUCUGUUUGUGGCCCACGUCCUGGUUUGACAGAAAAUACAGUAGAUGACAGAAGACACAAAGAGCACACACACACACAUAAAAUGCACAACACAUAAUGAACACACAUCAGCACUACAAGGAUUAAAUAAUCUCUUCUGAUUUUUUUUUUCCACAUGGGUCUUGUGUUCACUACUCUUGAGGUGUAUCGUCACAAAAAUGUUAAUACAAGUUCAAAUUAAAUUCCCUCUUUUUGUCCUUUUUAAUUGUAUCUAAUUCUUGUCCAAAUAUGGUCAUUUCUUAUGCCAAAACGUCAUAGAUUGCGACAACCAAUAUACCAAACUCGGCUUCAAAACCUGAGCCCAUAAACUAAUGGGCAACAUCAUUGUAGCUAAUUUUGGGGUCAUUACAGCUUAAAGGAACAGUCCAACAAUUUGAGAAAUUUAUUCGCCUUUGUUUUUUUUCAAGAGUUAGAUGAGAAGAUGGAUACCACUUUCAUUUAUGUCCAUUAAAUGUGAAGCUACAGCCAGCAGCCGCUUAGCUUAGCUUAGCAUAGCACAAAGACUGGAAACACUGAGAAACAGCUAGCCUGAUGAAAAGUGAAGGUUAAAAUAAAGACAAAAACAUGGCUACCAAACAAGUUUGUAAAAAGUUUAACUAACAAGUUGUGUUUUUUUUACACACACAUAAUACAAAUUUUGAGCUGUAGGCAUGGUAUUACUUUUGUUUUUUUUUCCACCAGUGGACGGAGCCAGGCUAGCCGUGUCCCCUGUUUGUAGUCUUUAUGCUAAGCUACGCUAACCAGCAGCUGGCUGUAGCUCCAUGUUUUUUACAUAUAAACAUAAAAGAUGUAUUGUUCUUCUCGCUAACUCAAUGCAAGAAGAAUUUCCCAGUUUCACAAAAUGUUGAACUGUUUCUUUAAUUUAUCGCCUUUGACCCGCUUAUACUGUCAUUUAAGAGUCUUAAUAUUCAAAAUAUUAUAGAUUUCAAAUCUCCUGCGAACAUUUCUAUCUGUAUUCAUUCCAUUUAUUGCCAUUUGUUUGCUUUAUUAUUAUUAUGUAGCUAACAUUUUGUAAAUUCUCUCUUGACUUAUGUCUGGUUGUCUUUGUGAAAAUCUUUCUUUUUGUUUAGCUGGUUCUGUUAAUUUUUUACACAAAUGGCUCCAUUAAUUCUGCGUUUAACCUGUUUUUAUUUUUUGGUUUUUGUGUCAAAUCCUCACUGCAAAUUGUUGGGUAAAAGCUUUUGUUUAUUUUGCUAGUUCUGAAUGUAAAUAUGAGAAGAACGUGAUUAAAUUUAUCAUGUUUGCAGAUAUUGAAAUGUAAUUGAGGUUGCAGCAAUACUUUCAACAAUUUUUUUUUACAAUUUCAGGACCAAUCUUCAGAUUAUCUCUAUUUAAGACAAAUCAUUAAAAUUGAUUUCUCAAAAUUGUCACUUUUGGCAUUAUUCUUUGAAAAAGAAACUUGUCUAAAUGUUGUUUCAGAAUUUGAUACAUAGACAAUCUGAAGAAUGCAAUAAAUUUGUAAACUGGGAAAA